GAGGGAACACUGGCAAGAUGGAUCGGCCGCCCGCACUUAGUAAGACAACGCAUAUAGUCAACUAUGGCCCGCCGCCUAGUUCGAGACAUUUGCUAGCAGACGGUUCACGCUGGAAAACAUCGGCAGGAAUAGGGAAAAGAGGCCCACCGCAACCUGCGAAUCGCUAUAACUUACUUUUAUACCUUAAGGGUAUAAGCGAAGAUCAGGACGCUUUGCCUCUUCUUCGAAAUGCCUUCACAAGCAAGCAAAAUCUUGGGCGAGACUACGUAAUAUCAAACGCUGGGAUAUCGGAAACCAAGCUACUAGGAAAUGACCACGCGGCUACUCUUAUAGCAGAAUGGGAUGCUGUUAUUGAUCUGGCGAGAGUGGUGUGGCAAAAUCCAAACAAUCUCGAAGACUGGAUAACGCAUAUGUUCUACGAGCACUUUCGAGGGCGAAUCCUGAGAGAUGACGAAACUAAAGCACACACACUGGGUCGCGUCUUGGGAUGGGCUGACAAAUGGGCUGAAGUUCGUUACCGAUACUUAAAUCAUUACCUGCGUGACGACCCAGACCACUGGAUGAGAGCAGAUCAGAGGGCUUUUAGAGAGGCUGGAGACCACGCCAACGAGAUCGUUCACACUUCCUCAAUACAGGACGACUGUCUACUAGCCGAAUCAAAUUGGUUUGCACCUGUACACAGGGCAUUAUUUUUUGAUGUUUACCGGCUGGGUGUUAGGGAGGGCCGGCGAUUAGUCUAUCUUUCGAACUGGGUCAAUCUCUCGGCGUCUCUUAGAGAGAUAUUCAGAUGGUCAAUUGACUUUAUUAAUCGUUAUAUUCAUUGGCGGGAGGCGUUGAUGCGGGCAGAGACCAGAGAUCACUUGAACGAAGUGCGCCGCAACACUCAGUUAUCACAACAAGCAAGGCAGAGCCAAAGAGUUGUGUUCGCAAAUUCCAUGAAAGCAAGCAUGAGGGGCCCAGACGAGGCAUAUCGCGGGCUUUUGGACGUACUACGCGCCUUAAUGCUGGAGGCAAGGGAGCACAUGAAAUUCCGACGAAAUUCGUGGCAGCAAUUCUCAACAAUAAUUGACCAGGUGACACAUAAUCUUCGCACCUGUCGACUGAACCGACCAACCAAUAACCGGAACUGGGAUUUACGGCAGAAUUGGCCUAAGCAUUCAGCCCAAGAUACUUUCCUACCAAAACCCCGUGCUCCAGACGCCAGGCUUUUAAUAGUCUGAUAUAGACGGAGAGGUUAUAAUGGCGUUAGUUGUUAGUUUGUUGUAUUGUAAAUUUAGUUCAACUUGACAGACAAAGGUAAGGUAGCACGGCGUACUACCAUAUAGAAUAAGGACGUCUAUAUUGGACUUCUUUGAAUAGGUACUUGGUUCUAAAUUUAGAAACUUGAGUAUUGCCUGUGUCUUAAUAAUAAUACAUAUUGUAUGAACAUUGCUGCCGAUCAAAUUAGCUACGCUGGGCGAAAAAAAUAUGGAGGGUUUCGGGAUUUAAAGAGUUAGUUGAAA